GGGCAGACUGUGCAGCUUCCUUGUUACUUGGAAUAUUUGAGACUAAUAAACUACGAUCAAGAUGAAGUUUAUACUUUUGACAACCGUGGUCACAUUUUAUACUUUACAAGUACAGACAAAUGUUCUGUUUCCAAGAAAAUUUAAAUCAAUAAAGAACGAAAUUGCUAGCUAUGAAGAUAUUGCUAAGCAGAUAAUUAAUCUGGCUGUAUACGGCAGUGCGCAGAAUAGAUCUUAUGACAGACUGGCACGUUUUGUUGAUACUGUGGGAAAUAGAAUGAGUGGAACUGAUAAUCUCAAAAACGCUAUCAAGUAUAUGUACAAUGCUCUUCAAGAGGAUAAACUACAAAAUGUUUCUUUGGAGGCGGUAAAAGUUCCACAUUGGGAACGUGGAGAGGAGAUGGCAAUUAUGAUAAAACCAAGGGUUAAAAAUCUAGCCAUAUUAGGACUUGGUGGAAGCAUUGGAACUUCAUCAGAAGGAAUAACGUCUGAAGUCAUUGUGGUGUCGUCUUUCACAGAACUGCACAGCAGGGCCAAAGAGGCCAAUGGAAAAAUUGUUGUAUACAACCAACCUUUUGUCAGCUACCCUGAAACGGUGCAGUACAGAGCUUACGGAGCAGUGGAAGCAGCUAAAGUUGGAGCAGUGGCCUCUCUGAUCAGAUCAGUAACCCCUUUCUCUAUUAAUAGCCCACAUACAGGAUGGCAGGAUUACCAGGAUAAUGUGCCCAAGAUUCCCACUGCCUGUAUUACAGUGGAAGAUGCUGAAAUGUUGGCUCGAAUAGCAUCACGAGGAGACAAAAUUAUUAUCAGUCUGAAAAUGGGCGCAAUAAACCAUCCAGAUGCAGACUCCUACAAUACCAUUGCAGAGAUUAUUGGGAGCAAAUAUCCAGAACAGGUUGUAAUAGUGAGUGGACAUCUGGACAGCUGGGAUGUCGGGCAAGGAGCCAUGGAUGAUGGUGGUGGCGCUUUUAUAUCAUGGGAGGCACUGUCUCUCAUUAAAGAUCUUGGUCUCCGCCCUAAAAGAACAGUUCGUCUAGUGCUUUGGACUGGGGAAGAACAAGGAGGAGUGGGGGCCCGUCAGUAUUAUGAGUCACACAAAGGGAACAUUGCUAACUUUGACCUUGUUAUGGAGUCGGAUAUGGGUACUUUCAUGCCAGUUGGUAUACAAUUUACUGGAAAUACUAAGGCACGGGCCAUCAUGAAUGAAGUCAUGCAGCUGCUCAAGCCUAUCAAUAUCACCAACCUUUAUAAGGAUGCUGAAGGAACCGACAUUAAUUACUGGAUAAAUGCUGGCGUCCCAGCUUUGGAUGCCUAUGUGCCCAUGUGUGCUGCUGUCCAGCUGCAACUAUGAUGUUCUGAAGAAAUUCCCUACGGAAAAUGAUGGGCAAGGAAUUUAGUUAAUGGAUAAAUAAUUUUAACAAAAUUCCAUUGAACUGAACAACACAAUGAACUAAUCUGAAAUGCAAAAAAUAAAUAAAUUACAAAUUAUUCAAAACAAAUGUAUUGAUCUAUGCACAUGUCCAAUUAGGAGAACACAGAAUUUUGUUUAGGAUUCUAAAGAUAAAGCUUUGAAUUUUUUGCUUUUUAUUUUACAUUGCACUUAAAACUCCAGCCAUUCUCAGCAAUUGUUUUUGUCUUAACGGGACAGUUUAAUCCAGAAUUGAUUAAAAAUAUAGAUAAUCCCUUUAUUAUCCAUUCCCCAGAUUUGCAUAACCAACACAGUUAUAUUAAAGGGACAGUCAACACCAG